GACCUAUACGAUGUCCGGAUGCAAGUUAGCCGGUGGACCUAACAAAUUACGCUGCCGCUCGCUCAGCUCAGGCUCCCCUCCAAACAGCACAGUACAGUGCUGCCGUCGACGUCUUCCUCCCGAGCUAUUUUAUCAUUAUCGCAACCAAACUCUAAUCAUACCACCCCCCACCCACAAAAUCCCAAUACAAAUACCACCCAUCAAAUAGAUAGCGAGAAAGAAAAGAGAAGAGAAGAAGAAGCCGCCCAACCAACGCCAAAAGCUACUGCUGCUUGCACAGGAGAGGGCAGAGAGAGAGAGAGAGAGAGAGAGAGAAGAGGGCGGCUGCGGCGGCGGCGCGCUUCGCUCAUGCAGGGCGAGUACCACCGCUCCUCCAGCGAGGACUCGGCUGCUUCUGCUGCUGCUGCUGCGGCGGCGGCGGCUGCGGCUAUGGCUCCUCUCGCCGCGGCUGCGGCGGCGGUUGCUGCCAAGGAGGAGCAGGCGGCGGCGGCGGCGGUGCUGCCGCUGCAGCAGCAGCAGCCGAGGCGGCAGUACCGUGGCGUGCGGAUGCGGAAGUGGGGCAAGUGGGUGGCGGAGAUCCGGGAGCCGCACAAGCGGACGCGCAUCUGGCUGGGGUCGUACGCGACGCCCGUGGCGGCGGCGCGCGCCUACGACACGGCGGUGUUCUACCUCCGCGGGCGGUCGGCGCGGCUCAACUUCCCCGAGGAGAUCUCCUCGCUGGCGUCGCUGUCCGAGGGCGGCGGCGCGAGCGAGCCCCGCGAGCCCGACGGCGGCACGCUGUCCGCGGCCUCGAUCCGGAAGAAGGCCAUCGAGGUCGGCUCCCGCGUCGACGCGCUCCAGACCGGCAUGAUGGUCGCGCCGACGACCCACCACCGCGAGCGGCAGAAGCACCACCACCACCACCACCACCACCACCCGCACCUGCAGCCGCACGGCGAGGAGCAACACCACCACCACGAGCAGAAGCACCAGCGGACGGCGUGGAGCGGCCGCGCCAAGAACCCGGAUCUCAACCAGGCGCCAAGCCCGGAGAACUCCGACGCCGAGUAGAAGCCAACAAAACCGCCUCCGCGCGGCAAGAUCGAUCAACGGCUUCGUCAACAUGCAGCCAGCGUAUGAUCACCUCCACCACGUACGCUCGCUGCAUCCAUCCACCUACCACCUAUUCGUCCACCCCUCAUCUCCACCUCGGCGGCGGCGGCGGCGGCUUCGUGGCGAGAUUUUUCGAUGCGGUUUUGGAUAAGAACAAGGGAAGGGCAGCGUCGGGAGGAGGGCGGUGGAGACGGGGGAGGAGGACGCCACAAGUGGCGGUCUUUCCAAAUGUCAAAAAAGACAGCUGUAACAGUGAUAAAACAAGUCAUCCUCUCUGUUUUUUUUUCCUCUCUCUCUUCUCCGUGUUAUUAUCGACUAGAUAAGCAGCGAUUAAUUAAUCCGUCCUUCCCCCUUUAA